AUGGGCCAGGACGGGCCGUGGCUCAACGAGUCCGGCAGCCCGCGGGCGGCGGGCAGCCCGUGCGCUGCGGCCGGGCCCUUCUCGGUGGGCGCCGCGGCGCUGCUGGCGGCGCUCAUGGGGCUGCUGGUGCUGGCCACAGUGCUGGGCAAUGCCCUGGUGGUGCUGGCGUUCGCGGUGGAGCGGAGUCUCCGCACGCAGGGCAACUUCUUCUUCCUGAACCUGGCCCUCGCCGACCUGCUGGUGGGCGGCUUCUGCAUCCCGCUCUACAUCCCCUACGUGCUGACGGGAGAGUGGAGGCUCGGCCGGGGCCUCUGCAAGCUGUGGCUCGUGGUGGACUACCUGGUGUGCACCGCCUCCGUCUUCAACAUCGUCCUCAUCAGCUUUGACCGCUUCGUCUCGGUCACCAGGGCGGUGAAUUACAGGGCUCAGAAAGGGAUGACCAGAAGUGCAAUAUUGAAGAUGGUCACUGUAUGGAUUGCUGCUUUUCUUCUCUAUGGUCCAGCCAUCCUCAGCUGGGAGCACAUUGCCCAAAAAAGCAUCCUCCCUGAAGGAGAAUGUCAUGCAGAGUUUUUCUAUAACUGGUAUUUCUUAAUGAUCGCAUCUACUAUUGAAUUCUUCACACCUUUCGUUACUGUUACGUACUUUAAUGUAAGUAUCUACCUCAACAUCAGGAAGCGCACCUCCUUCAGAAGUGAGAAUCUACCACCUGGUCAAGACGACUGUGAAGUGAAUUUCCAGGGGAAGAAAAGGGAACAUAACAUAUUUUUUGUAAAAUCUGCUAACACACACAAACAUGAAGAGAGAGCAAACAGCCUUUCUCUCCCUAAACCCCAGGCUUUGAAGUUUAGCCUGCAUAAGCUUGGUAGCAAGUCAUUAAAUACAAAUGUCAGUCAAGACCUUCCAGCACUUCAGGUGGAUGUCAAGCCCAAACCACGCAGAAACACUUUAUUCAAAACCAGAGAAAGUACAUGCAACACCAUGAGCAGAGGGGACACUGCCAACAUUAUGACAAAUAAAUUUAGACUUUCCCGGGAUAAAAGAGUUGCAAAGUCAUUAGCAAUUAUUGUUUGUGUGUUUGGUGUGUGCUGGGCUCCAUAUACACUCCUGAUGAUCAUUAGAGCAGCUUGCCAUGGGCAGUGUGUACACUACUCACUUUAUGAGGCUUCAUUUUGGCUCCUGUGGGUGAAUUCAGCCAUUAAUCCUGUUCUGUAUCCACUGUGCCACAUUAGCUUUAGAAGCGCUUUUAUAAAACUCCUGUGUCCAGGAAAAGCCAAAAUUCAUCCUCAUGUUUUGAUGUAA